UAACUUGUUAAUUACCCACUCUUGCUUUACCUAUUUUAUAUUAGAUUUACUUAGUACUUAUUUUCUUCACUUUUGUAAAGAAAUAUUUAUAUUUAGAAGAUAAAAAUAUUAUUUUUAUAAAAACGUAAAAGUUUAUCAAUACAGAUAAUCGCAUAACAGUUUACAUUAGUAGCAUAACACUGUAAAACUUGUAAAUGUUAGUACGCACACGUUUGCAUAAUCAACAUGAUGCGAUACUGGCGCUUGUACUACGAUCGUUGCCACGAGCAUUUCGUUUUCGACAUUCAGUUGUACGAACAAUCGUGUCUGGUGCGUGUCUACUUUUCUCUCUUCGACGUGACGACUUCCCUCUGUUUCGCUAUCCUAUUGUAAUCCGUGAAAAUGAAUACUAUCGAAAUUUAAUACAACAGUUUGCGAAUCACUGUCAAACAUCCAACGGAGACAUUACUGAUCCGGACUGGAUUGCCUAUCUGCCCAAGGAACAGAACGCCGAGCAGUUCUCUCAAAAAGACAAUCAAAAGCUGGGGAAGCAUGUACAGUUUAUACCGGGUAUCCCGCAUAUACGUGCUACCGAAAUAUUCGAGAUUGAAAGUAUUGCGGGCACAGAGACCAAAUGUCUUGAGUUAGUUUCUGCAGAAUGGCACAACACCAAAGUGACACUGAAGAGACACAUUUUACCAUCAUGCCGAGAUGCGAUAAGAGCAGAUGUGGAAAUCCUUAGCGAAAUUCGGCAUCCUAAUAUAUUGCUGUUGAUGGCCACAACAUAUACACACGAGCACGGCCUUGUUUCCAUCUUCGAACCCAUUGAUUGCUCAUUAUACAAUUACAUGCACGAGCAAGGCGAACGAAUAAAUAUACAAGGAAUCAUGCAAAUCGGCAUAAAAUUGGCGAACGCAUUGAAAUACUGUCAUAUGCGAGGGUAUAUUCAUACAGCGAUUAGCUCGCACUGCGUUUAUUUUGCAUCCGAUUCAACCGUCAAACUUGGUGGAUGGGAACUGGCUAGAGACAUUGAAAAGAUUCACGUAGAAUAUCACUACGAGAAAUAUUUACGACUAGAAAAUUUCAAGUGGCAAGCACCGGCGAUAUAUUAUGGAUUAAAUCCCAAUAAAAAAAUCGACGUUUACUGUUUGAUGUUGUUACUCUGGGAAAUGUGUACAGGAAGUGUACCGUGGAAUAGAUACGAUCAAUCAAAUGUAGAACGGCAGCAUAUUAUGCAAAAACGAGAUACUAUUAUAAAUUUACAAAGUGUUCCAUCGAUCCUUCGUAACUUACUAGAGGCUGGAUUGCAUCUUGACGAGACAAAGAUAAUGUUAGACAUGGACGAAAUAGGAAGAAAACUUCACAGGCUAUUGAUGGUAUGCGAGGAAGAAGAGAAGAAUGACACAUAUAUUAAUGAAAACGGAAAUAAUAAUGAUCCUUUAUAUAAUGAGACAUUGUAUCAAAAAGCGUCUUCUAUGUCACCGACACAAGAUAAGAUGUUAAUCAAAAAACCAUUUACUAGACAAUCAUGUCACCCUACGACAGAGAAAAGAUCUAUACCCAAUCAACUUCCUAAAUCUAAAAAGGAGCAAUACAAUAAAAACUCGGAUUCCAAAAAUAAUAUUGAAAAGAUAACUGUGUCUGCAAUCAAUGAUAGUAUUGUGAGUCCCAUGAUUGAAGUGAAGACUGCCACUCCUUGCAUUCGUUGUACAGAAAUUUCAAAUAUAGUGCAAGACCUCGAUGAGAAAAGUGAUGCACGAUCUAAUAUAAAACGAUUGAAAAAACUGAUAGCUAGUAGAAGAGAAGAUUUCUUUUUUGGAAGUGACACUCUUUCGACAUCCUUUUCAACUUUCUCCAAUCCAAGUCCAAAAGCUACGAGUUCAUUAUUGUUGCAAGAUAAGAGUCCCGAUUAUGUACCAUGUAAACCAGCUAAUCAUACAACAGGUAUAGAGCCUAGAUAUAAUAAAUCACCCAAUGAAUAUGGCGGGGCUAUUUCAAAAUUAUCAUAUACGCCACGUCGGAAGGUGCCAUACACAGGUAUGCCUUCCAGCAUUAAACAUGCAAUAAUGCAACCUCGGGUUUUGCAUUCUGAUGCCAAAAGCUUUUAUGAAUCAACAUUAUGGAGAAAAGAAAAAGAAAUUUGUUUGUCACGAAUGGGACGCAGCAGUACAGAGCACAAUAAAAAUUCCUUACUGUUACAACAAACCAUUCGUAGUAGCUCCUCUGUAACUGAUGAUGAUAAAGUACAAUGUUCCGUACCACAUGUAAAAAAUGCUGAUGCUACUUAUACUAUCGGUAUUGCGGAGGAAGGUAAUUGUACUGGAGAUAACAAAACAUCACUAGGAGACAAGAGCAGCAGCAUGCUCAGAAAGGUUUCAACCACUUCAAAUCAAUCCAUAAGAAAUUUGAAGGAUGCCCUUGAUCGUGCUACGGAAAUAGUGCAAUCGACAACACCUUCAAAAAUUUAUAAUUCUAAGUUCGAUCUGAACAAUGUACGAGAAUACGAAGCUGUAUUUGAAAAUCUGUAUGAAACGAAAUAUAAUGAUCAAGACAUCAAAGUUAUCGAAAAAUCGACCCUUGGCAAUGGAAGUUUUCUAAGGCUAGAUGAAGUUAAAAACUUAAAAACUAAUAACGAAGCUGCCGCAAAACAUGAACAAAUUUUUAAUGAAGCGUUCAUAAAUAGCCAAACAUUCAGUUCCAUAACUACAAAAACGUCACUCGACUCUGAAACAUUAGCGCAUAGUCAACAGUCAAUAAACUCGCAAGAUACGAAUCGAAAUGAAAUAUCGUUUAUAAACGGGAUUACAUCAAACUUACAGAAAAUUAAACCAGACGAAAGAGAAUAUGUUAAUGUACACGCUACGAACAAUGUAAUAAUAAAAGACUCGCCAAGGAGACGUUCCUUACCCGAAAGAUUAAAUAAUUUAGGAAUGGUAUAUACUUCAAGGGCUAUGUGUAAAAAGAACAUACAAGGCAGCCAAUGUACAACCGAGGAUAUAUACAUCGACGAUGAAUUUGGAAGCAAAUUAAAUUACAAUUUAAUUCUCUUAAAUGAUGAUAUUGUUUUCAGUGACGAUGAAAGUCGACCUCAGACUACAGAAUUGUAAACUCUUAAAUUCAACGUUUGUUUGUUCAAACUCCUGUUGCUCCUUUUAAAUAAUUUAUUUUUAUUUAUUCUAUUUUGAUAACAAAAUUGAUAGUUUUAUUUUUUUGCCCUUCUGACUAUAUGAUUAAUGAAAAUAAUAUCUAAUUUAACAAUAUUCGUUAAUUCUAAUUGCUUAUUUAUUUAUACUUAUAGAAAGACAAAUAAUCUAAUAUUAUACAAAAUGUUUAUUAUAUAUAAUCGAAUAACUAUAUGUCAUCAAGUAAAAAGUUACUUUAUUAUUAUAAAAUAAAUUAAGAACUUGUAAAGAUAUA